ACCGCGCGGUCGCGCGGUCGAAGGCUGUUGAGGCUUAGGGUGAUCGUUUUAUUUUACUUUUGCGUUUGUUUUUACGGUUUUGAAAUUAAAGUUAUGUCUUUGGAGGAAGUCCUGUCAUCGUCCGUUUUUAAGAACCAUGGAUUUGAAAAUAUUUCGGUCAAGAGUGAGAACCAGGAAGAAAUAAAAGUUCGCGUGAACCUGUUUACCAGGGAGGAUUUUUCGAAAUGGAAAAAUGUUUUUGAGGAGCUUACGUGCUCUACCCUUAUCAGCGAGAAACUCCUACCGUCUGGAGAGGGCCACCGAUAUGUUUUUGGCCAGCGCCUCAGGUGCCAUCAUGGGCGCCCACACAAGGGCGUUAAGAAGACAUAUACAGGAUGUGAGUUUCGAGUGAUUGUGACCAUCAAGCCCGUGAGCAAGAACACCAUAAAGAACGACAAAGCAGUGGCAACUCACCCAGGCCUCAUCCGGAUAGUCGGCCGCCACAACCACAGCACCUCCUCCGCAGCAGCUUUGAAGGAGCUGAGUGUCUUACCCAGAGUCAGACGCAACUUCGAAGAGUACUUCGAGCAAGGCAUGGGCGCGUCUCAAGCGGCACGACUUCACAGUAUGAAACGAGCAGCCGAGGGAGAUUGGCUGGAGAUGGCUCGAAACGACACGAACCCAACGAAAAGGGCUGUGGUGUACAUGCACGAUGUAUGGCGAGAGAAUGAACAUGGAGGGUACAACGACGCAGCAAUGGCCCAGUCUCUGAAGAAAUACGCUGCGGCCCAUCCCGAGCUCUCCAUUGAGGUGCUGCAGACUGAAGGGUUCUUUUGCGUCUCUCUGGUGACGCCCUUUAUGAAGCGAGUCCAUCAAGAGAUGAGGGAGGCAGGAGAAGUCGUCUUUGUUGACGGGACGGCGUCGGUGGACCGACUGAACACGUGUGUCCAUCCACUGCUCUGCGCCACUCCGGCCGGCGCCGCGCCCCUGGGCGUCAUCUUCACCUCGGCACAGGAUGAGGCGUGCCUGACGACAGGUUUCAAGCUGCUGCAAACGUCGUUGGGACCAGACAGCUUCUUCGGCAAGGGGAGACCAGACUGCUUCAUGACGGAUAACUCGACUCCGGAACGGAAGGCGUUGGCGUCAGUCUGGCCAGACUCCAAGCAGUUUCUCUGUGUCUUUCACAUCCUACAGCAGGUGUGGCGGUGGCUCCUCGACACCAAGCACGGUAUCAAGAAGGAUCAGCGCCAGCAACUGUUGAACGUGACAAAGAGCCUGGUGUACGCCGAAUCGCCAACGAGCUUCACGGCCAUUUGGGAGGCAUACCUGGCAAGUCCGAUGGCCGAAAGCUGCGAUUCCUUCACGAGGUACAUGGAAGAGCUCGUGGAGCGUCGAGCUGAGUGGGCACUGGCCUUCAGAAGUGGUGAGGUGCUUCGAGGACACCACACCAACAACUUCGCCGAAGCCACGAUGUGUGUGAUAAAGGAUAUCGUCCUCAACAGGUCCAAGGCGUACAACGCCUGCCAGCUAGUGAUGCUGAUGGCUGAGGUAUGGGACGCCUUCAUGCGGCAGCGACUGGUGGAUGUCGCCCUCGGACGGCGAGGAAGGAGAGCGACCGUCUGCAAGACAACGUCCGAUCUGCGGGACAAUGUGGUGCAGACUGAAGGCGGACGAAACUUCAAAGUGAGGAGCGAAAAGGAUGGCAGUAAGGUGUACGAUGUCGACCUUCAGCUCGGCUGGUGUUCGUGCGUCAAGGGCCAGACUGGAGCCGUCUGCAAACACCAGACCGCGUGUGCCGAGUACGCGAUGACGAACCUGCCGCAGGUGUACGUCGACACUCAGGAGAGUCGUCAGUGGCUGGCGGCCGUGGCCAUGGGCAAGGAGGCGGCACCGCCGGCAGACUUCUUCGCUGGCCUGGUUCAGCAGGAUGAGUCUCAUCGUCCCAGUGGCGCAGGCGAGGCAAGCACCAGUGCGGUGGCUGCUGACGAACCUUCUGUCGAUGAGGCGAUGGAUCCAUCUGACGAUGAUUUUGUGGACAAUAUCCCGCCGACGCCAGAUCAGUCCGUGGUGGUACGGCCGGAGAAGCCUAGCACUGCUUUCGUGGAUGCGCUUCUGUCGGCGCUGGGAGACACAGUGCGAACACUGGGAGACGGCAUGACGGAAGAAAGUGGUGCAAAAAUGAUCAGUCGUCUAAAACGCUUCCGCACAGGCGCUCAACUGAACAGCGCCCUCUGCCGGUUUGGUACAGACGUUGUCAUCGGGUCUGGCGGCUGCGGCCUGAAAAUACGGUGCCAGCCGACUUCAAUCGCCAGGAGGCGCGAAGGGGUACCCAGGGGUGCGGCACCAGUCGCCUGCGGUCGGCCACCCAGAACGGGGCUCAGAACUACCGCCGGAAAGAAAAGGGCGCGUAACUUCGCAGCCAACGUUGCGCUGAACCAAGCCAAUGCCAAGUCUCAUGGCAGUGGACACUGAACGAAUAUUGACGCGUACCUCCAUGUGGUUUCAAGCCCACAUCCUGAUCGUUAGUGGAUUGCUUCCUUGGGCUUCUUGCACAAUAUGUUGAUUGUGUCAAAUGUGUAACAUGCAGGGUGCCCCUAAAGGCAUAUUUGAACUUGAUUUGAACUAUGAUUUGCGAUGGUAGCUGUGUCGUGAGUCACCGUAUUUCAUGAGCCGAGUCGUGAGCCGUAUUCGACCGGUUGUGGAUAGGUGAUGUGCGUAGUUCGUACAUGAGCCUGCUAUGUGUAAGAAACCGUAUGAUGGUAUUCGUUGUUCGUGUUCGUUUCGCUACCAACAUUGUCAAUGGCCAAUGCUUUAUGAAUGCGCUAAAACUAUCAGUUGGGCUGCAGAUGUGUUUCAAUCACGACGUAAAAAAAAACGCAUGCCAUGCUGAAACAACGAAGUCAUGGACGCAAUGUUGCAAUGACAUUCGAAGUAUGCAAUGACAUUCAAAGAACAGA